GAUUCGGGUCAAUUGUUGAACGUAUUAGAUGAUGAUUAUUACAAAUUCCGCGAAGAAGAAGAAUCGGUUUGUCUCGCAUCUUCGUUCCAGUGCUGGGGAUAAACGUGGGGGAUGGAAGGUUUUGAUUAAGCGUUGUCAUUUCCGGGGUCAAAUCUGCUCUCAGAACAUCUUUAUUUGUUUUCGGUUAAAGCCGUCUUGAAUUGAAGGAUGAUGAACUGAACGGCGAUGGCAGUGGUUGAGGCAGCUGGUCCAGACCGAUGCUACUCUGCCGGAUAGACGAACCGAGGUUUGCUGUGAAUCCCUCAGCAGUGCCAAGAACCGGCCCGGAACUUUAGGAAUUAAGAAGCCUUUUUGCAUCGCCAUUGUUCGCGUUUGCCUGUUUCAACUAUGCAGACCAGCCAGGUGAACUUGACUAUCAGGGGAGAAACCACCCCAGGUGAGGUGAUUGCCGUAGUCGGCAGCUGUGAGGCUCUGGGAAACUGGAACUAUCAGAAAGCUGUGACUUUACAUCCUCUUGGCGAUGAAAGGCACACAUGGGCAGUGACAAUCUCUGUACCCAAGGGGGUCGUUUCCACGUAUCGUUACUUUAAGGGCUUCUUCCUGGAAUCAAAGAGUGCGGGUGGCCCAUGUCAAGUGAUAGUCAAUUUGUGGGAGACCCAUCAUCAGCCUCGCACGCUGAGCCCCACAGUUGCACAGCAGAACAUUGACAAUGGGGAAUUCGGAUUUCACAAUGGGGUGAAAUGCGUUGACUCAGGAUGGCUGACAUGCCAGACGGACAUUCGACUGCGCUUGCACUUUUCCAAGAGGCCUCCGGUGUCCAUCACCAAGAAGAAAUUCAAGAAGUCGCGCUUCCGGAUUAAACUUACGUUAGAGGGCAUUGAAGAAGAGGAGGAGGAGGAGGGAGAACAGGAACUCACCCCUUCCUCUUGGCACAAGAUGACCACAACUCUGGAAAUCAGUCUAAUCACUGCCAACGACUACAAGUCGCGUCACUCUCAGCCGGAGUGCGGCUACGCCCUGGAGCCCUCUCGGUGGACCGAGUACAGCAUUCACACCAUGGACCCGGACAACCUGGAGCUCACUUUCGAGUUUUUUGAGGAGGAUCUGGGUGAGCACGUGGUCCAGGGAGACAUCCACCCCGGACACGUCGGGACAGCCUGCCUCCUGUCUUCCUCGUUCUCGGAGAACGGCAAUGACACGGGCGUAGUCACGCUUCCCAUCAUGGGCCGAAACUUCAGGCAGACGAUCGGGAAAGUCAGAGUGGAUUACCUGGUGAUCCGCCCCAUCCAGAAGCUGCAGUGCGACAUGAGCUCGUCGUACACGAAGCACUGGACAAAGAGAAGCACGGUGGACGUGGGUCACAGAGGAGCAGGAAGCACACACGCUGCCAAAUACCACAAAGUCCGGGAGAACACGAUCGCUUCUUUCAAAAGCGCUGCCAACCACGGUGCAGCUUUUGUGGAGUUUGAUGUUCAUCUCUCCAAGGAUUCGGUGCCGAUCGUAUACCACGAUCUAACAUGUUGCAUCUCCACCAAGAAGAAAAAUGACCAGACUCUGGAGCUCAUUGAGGUCCCUGUCAAAGACCUGACAUUUGAUCAGCUGCAGCUGUUGAAGCUGGCCCAUGUCGCUGCAUUGACAGGAAGUGAUCACAAAGAUCUCCUGGAGGAUGAGGAUGAAGUCGACGAACAUCAGCCGUUCCCCUCACUAUCACAGAUUUUCCAAGCCGUCCCAGAAAGUGUUGGCUUCAACAUCGAACUGAAAUGGAUCAGCCAAAUGAAAGACGGAACGUGGGACGGGAACCUGUCCUCGUAUUUCAACAUGAACACCUUCCUGGACAUCAUUCUCACCUGCGUUCUGCUGAAGGCUGGGAAAAGGCGGAUCAUCUUCUCAUGUUUCGACCCAGAUAUCUGCACCAUGGUGCGACUCAAGCAGAACAAGUACCCCAUCCUUUUCCUGACUCAGGGCAUUUCAGAAAAGUACCCCGAGCUGAUGGACAUGCGCUGUCAAACAACGCAGAUCGCCAUCAGCUUCGCUCAAAGCGAGAACAUCCUGGGAAUCAGCGCUCACACCGAGGAGCUGCUGAAGCACCUCAACUACAUCGGCGAGGCCCAGUCCAAAGGCCUGGUGGUGUUCAGCUGGGGAGACGACAACAACGAGCACGAAAACAGGAGGAAGCUGAGAGAGCAGGGCAUCGACGGGCUCAUUUACGACAGGUGAGGUUAAAGUUUAACAUGAGUUUACGGUGAUGAUUAGCGAAGAUCGCAGUUUGUUUGUUGUUUUUAUGAAGAUAAGAUUCAGAUGUUGAGUCGCUGCUGUGUUGCCGUGAGAUUACCGUCUCCACCUUGGAACGACGAGUUCAAGAAAUGAUUGCACACGGCUCCAACUCUGCCAGAUUGCAAAGUUACUUUAUGUAGCACAACAGCACAUGAAAAUUGAUAUGCACAGUUUGUCAGACCGGCCAUGAACGCUUUUCCAGUAGGUACACCUCGAUAUAAGCUGUUAUUUUAACAUUUGUGCUUUAUUUCCAACGGUAAACGCCUUAUAAAUGUAUGCACUUUUCCAAAAUCAAGUAAUGAAACCUUUCCCACUUAGUUGGUAGUCACAGAUUUUUCUUAUCCUCGUAUUCAAAAAGCCACUUUAUAAGCUAUGGGCUGCUGCCAGUGUUUCAAAUUUCCCCUUU